AUGGAGCUACUCACCACCAAGAGAGAAAGGGAACUGAAAACAGGGAAUCAAGCAAUAGUGCUGGGAGGAUCACUCCUCAACAAAGCCCAGCAGGCUGAAGCCCUCUCACUUGAGAGAAUCGCAGCCAACACAUCAGUUAGAAUGCAACGAUCAAGCUCGACAGAGGGAAGGGCAGCCGCCAUUGCAGAGGCAGACCUAAUCUUUCAGAGUAGGCAAAAAGACACAGGAAAUCCACAUAGCAGUUCCACUGAAACUGUGGCAGCUCAGCAGCGCCUCUGCAGGCAGAUAAAAGAAAGAUCCGGCAAGACGGCAGAGGUAGAGCAGAAGAAGCAGCGGACCUUUCGCAAGUUCACCUACCGCGGUAUGGACCUGGACCAGCUGCUGAACGCGUCCUACGAACACUCGACGCAGCUGCACAGUGUGCCCCAGCGGCCGCAGCUGAACCUGGGCCUGCGGCGGAAGCAGCACUUGCUGCUGAAGCGCCUGCGCAAGGAGGUGUCGCCCGUGGAGAAGCCGGAAGUGGUGAAGACGCACCUGUGGGACAUGAUCAUCUCGCCCGAGAUGGUGGGCGUCUACAACCGCAAGACCUUCAACCAGGUGGAGAUCAAGCUGGGGAUGAUCAGCCACUACCUGGGGGAAUUCUCCAUCACCUACAAGCCAGUGAAGCAUGGCCAGCUGGGCAUCGGGGCCACCCACUCCUCCAGCUUCAUCCCCUUCAAGUAGUGGCUCCACUAUUAAAGGCACACAGAUCUCCAAACAAAAAAAAAAAGAAAGAAAGGACAAAAGUGAUAGGUUUUUAAAAGGUAUAUCAGAAGAACACUAAUCGUAAGAAUACUAGAGAUUAACAUCAUAUAAAAUAUUAAUCAGAACAAGUAAUUUUACCAAGAAUAAAGGGCAUUCAAUUAUAAUGAAAGAAUAAAUGGAUUAAGGAUACCUAACAAUUCUAAAUGUAUAUCCUCCUAAUAAGAGAACCUCAAAAUACAUUAAGCAAAAACUGACAGAACUGCCCAAAAGAAACAGAAAAAUCACAAUUAUGCUUGAAAAUGUUAAUACCCUUCUCUUAAUAAUUGAUAGAACAAGAGACAUAAAGUCAGUAAUAAUACAGAAGACUGAACAGGGAAGGGGAGAAAGGUGGCAGAUAGGAGACAGGGCUAACGGGCAGCUCCUGCUUGGACGUACAGAACAGUGUAUGGAGACUCAUACUGUGAACGUUUUCUCCAAGAACCAGUGCAGGAACAUACUAGGACAACCAAAAGAAUUCACAGAUCCUUUGAAAGAAGCAGCACACCACUGCAAAUUCUGUAAUAUGUAAAAAACUGUGAGUUCCCAAAGUGUGAGGGGGAAAAUCUGCCUCUGAACACACAUCCCCACUGAGGACUCUGAAAAUCCAGACUACCGAAGAAGGCUUUAACCUUACCUACAGCUGAAACAGAUUGAGAGAGCCAACAAAAUAUAAAAGUAGAAGCAGCAGUGGAAAGAGCCUUGAAGGCACUCCCAGUCCCCAGCUCAAGGCCAGGAAGCCAUCCCUGACUGUGUCUAACAGGGGCCCUCAGGGAAGGCAGCCAGUGGCAUUAGGGAGGGAUCUUGGGGUGAAAGAAGCUUCCAACUGAAUUUUGUAAUAAUUUCAACUGGGAACAAACUUUAUUGAGCAGAAUCUGGGGGGCGAACAAGAACUGCUGCAGAUACAAGCACAGGAGCUGCCACCAACAUUGGGCAGAUGGCCUGAAAGUGCUUGGUUUUGCAGAGGCAGCCUGGAGCAAGAUCUGAGCCCCAUGUGCAGACUGACUGGAUCUAAACUUGGUGCUGUUAGUGGGGUACUGUGGGAAUGAGACUGGUUUUACCUACUGUGUGGGAACUGGGUGAAGCCUUUCACUACCAGCUAUCCCCCUCUUCCCUGGCAAACUAAAUGGCACAGCAGAGGUAGCCAUAAUCUCCUCUGGAACAUAACCUUAUUGGCCUGAGAACCAUCCUCCCAUUUCUCACAGUGGCCAUGGCAAACCCUGCCCAAGGAGGGUGUGAGUUCAGACCUGUCUAAACCUGGUGGCAUUUCUCCACCUGCCCUGGUAGCUGAAUACAAAAGACAUAAGUUCUUUGGAGCUUUAUGGUCCUGCUCUUCACCAGAGAAACCAGAAUACCCACCCUGGCCAACUUAGGGCAAACUUUCAUCUCCCUUCUCCUACUGCAGCUGGUGUUCUCUUUAAAGCAUCAUCACCUGGCAGGAGGCCAACCAACUGAGGCCAUUAGGGCAGCUCAUGAAAGAAUAACCCUGCUUCCAGGAAGGAGAAAACAACAGCUAAUACCACUACCCGGAACAUCUUGGCUAACCUGAGGUCCUUAGUCUGCCCAAGUGACAGCUUCACUGCUAGCAUAACCAACAUUUGAGAAAGCCAGAACACUGAACAAAACUGCAACAAAGGAUUCUCACAGAGUCUACUUCAUUCCCCUGCCAACUCCACCAAACCAGGUGCUGUUAUCCACAGGUGGGAAACCUGAAGAGCAACGCUAUCACAGGACUCUUUUCAGACAUUCCCCAGCACCAGUCCAGAACCUGGUAGCCCCACUGGAUAGCUAGACCCAAAAGAGCAAUAACCAUCACUGCAGUCUGGUGCUCAGGAAGCCCCAUCCCUAGGGGAAUGGGGAGAGAACCACAUCAAGGGAUAUCAUGUCAUAAGACAAAGAAUCUGAACAGCAGCCCUUGAGUUCCAGAUCCUUCCACUGAAAUUGUCUACCCAAAUGAGAAGGAACCAGAAAAGUAAUUCUGGAAACAGGGAUCUAUAACACCCCCAAAAGACCAACUAUCUCCCCAGCAAUGGAUCCAAACAAGAAGAAAGCUCUGAAUUGCCAGAUAAAGAAUUUAGAAGGCUGAUUAUUACGUGACUUAAGGAGAACCAAAGAAAGGUGAAAACCAACUUAAAGAAAUUAAAAAAUGAAAAUUUCUCCAUAGAAAUAGAUAUCAUAAAGAAAAAUAAGCACAACUUUAGGAAAUCAAAGACAAAAUACUUAGAGAAAUACAAAAUACUCUGCAAAGUUUUAACAGUAGACUAAAACAAGUAGAAGAAAGAACUUCAGAACCUGAAGACCUGGCUUUCAAAUUCACCCAAUCAGACAAAGACGUAUAUAUAUAUAUGUCAAAAAAAAAAAAAAAAAGAACAAAGCCUCCAGGAUAUUUGGGAUUCCAUUAAAUGGCCAAACCUAAGAAUAACUGGUGUUCCCGAGGAAGAAGGGAAAUAUAAAAGUUUGAAAACCUUAUUCGAAGAAAUACUUGAGGAAAAUUUCCUUGGCCUUGUCAAAUACCAGAAGCUCAAAUACCACCUGGGAAAUUCAUCACAAAAAGAUCAUCACCUAGCCACUUAGUCAUCAGGUUAUCUAAAGUCAAGAUGAAGGAAAGAAUCUUAAGAGCUGUGAGUCAAAAGUGUCAGAUAACCUAUACAGGAAAACUUAAGAGAUUAACAACCGAUUUCUCAGCAGAAACCUUACAAGCCAGAACGGAUUAGGGUCCUAUCUUUAGCCUGCUUAAAACAAAAUGAUAGUGAGCCAAGAAUUUGGCAUCCAGGAAAACCAAGAUUUAUAAAUGAAGAAGAUAAAGCCUUUUCAGACAAGCAAAUACAGAGAGAAUUUAUCACUACAAAGCCAGCACUGCCAGAAAUGCUAAAAGGAGUUCUAAAUUAUGAAACGAAUCCUCAAAGUACACCAAAAUAGAACCUCCUUAACACAUAAACCUCACAGGGCCUGUAAAACAAUAGCACAAUGAAAAUACACAAGUUAUUUAGGCAACAACUAGCAUGAUGAAUAGAACAGUACCUCACAUCUCAGUGCCCACUUUGAAUGUAAAUGGCCUAAAUGUUCCACUUAAAAGAUAGAGAAUGGCAGAAUGGAUAAAAAUUAUCUGCUGGAUUCAAGAGACUCACCUAACACAUAAGGACUCACAUAAACUAAAGGUAAAGGGGUGGAAAAAGAUAUUCUACAUAAAUGGAAACCAAAAGAUAAAACAGACUUUAAAGCAACAGCAGUUAAAAAAGACAAAGAGGGACAUUAUAUAGUGAUAAAAGGAUCAAUCCAGGCCAGGCACAGUGGCUCACACCUAUAAUCUCAGCACUUUGGGAGGCCAAGGUGGGUGGAUCAUGAGGUCAGGAGUUCAAGACCAGCCUGACCAACAUGGAGAAACCCCAUCUCUACUAAAAAUACAAAAUUAGCCAGACAUGGUGGCACAUGCCUGUUGCCCCAGCUACUCAGGAGGCUGAGGCAGAAGAAUCACUUGAACCCGGGAGGCAGAGGCUGUGGUGAGCUGAGAUCAAACCAUCACACUGCAGCCUGGGCAAGAAGAGCAAAACUCCACAUUAAAAAAAAAAAGAUCAGUCCAAUGGGAAAAUGUCACAAUCCUAAUAUAAAUGCACCUAAUGCUGGAGCUCCCAGAUUUAUAAAACAAUUAGUAUUACUAGAUCUAAGAAAUGAGAUAGAUAGCAACACAAUAAUAAUGGGAAACUUAAAUACUCCACUGACAGCACUAGAGAGGUCUUCAAAACAGAAAGUCGACAAAGAAAUAGCGGACUUAAACUGUACCCUAGAACAGAUGGCUUUAAUAGCCAUUUACAGAACAUUGUACCCAACAACUGCAGAAUAUAUAUUCUAGUCAUCAGCAAAAGGAACAUUCUCCAAGAUAGACCAUAUGAUAGGCCAUAAAACAAGUCUCAAUAAAUUUAAGAAAAUCAAAAUUGUAUCAAGUAUCCUCUCAGAUCACGGUGGAAUAAAAUUGGAAAUUAACUCCAAAAGGAACUGAACUCUCAAAACUGUACAAAUACAUGGAAAUUAAAUAAUCUGCUCUUGAAUGAUCUUUGAGUCAACAAUGAAAUCAAGAUGGAAAUUUCAAAAUUUUUUAAAAUGGCCGCGCACGGUGGCUCAAGCCUGUAAUCCCAGCACUUUGGGAGGCCGAGGCAGGUGGAUAAUGAGGUCAAGAGAUUGAGACCAUCCUGGUCAACAAGGUGAAACCCCGUCUCAACUAAAAAAAACAAAAAUACAAAAAUUAGCUGGGCAUGGUGGUGCGCACUUGUAGUCCCAGCUACUUGGAAGGCUGAGGCAGGAGAAUUGCUUGAACCCAGAAGGCGAAGGUUGCGGUGAGCUGAGAUUGUGCCAUUGCACUCCAGCCUGGGUAACAACAGCGAAAACUCUGACUCAAAAAAAAAAAAAAAUUUUUUUUAACUGAAAAAUCAUAGUGACACAACUUACCAAAACCUCUUGGAUACAGCGUAAGUGGAAAGCUCAUAGCAUUGCAUGCCUACAUCAAAAAGUCUGUACACAUAAACAAUCCAAGGUCACACCUUAGAUAGAGAAACAAAAGCAGUCCAAACCAAAACUCUGCAGAAGAAAAGAAAUAACCAAGAUCAGAGAAGAACUAAAUGCAAUUGAAACAGAAAAAUACCAAAAGAAAAGAAAAGAAAAGAAAAGAAACAAACAGCUGGUUCAUUAAAAAAAUAAACAAAAUUAAUAGACCAUUAGUGAAAUUUCUUUUUAUUCCCAAUAGUGGCUCUAAGAAAAUUAGUAAAAUAUAUCAAGAAGAGAGAAGACCCAAAUAAGUUCAAUUCAAAAUGAAAUGGGAGUUAUUACAACUGAUACCACAGAAAAGGUCAUUCAAGGCUACUACAAAUAUACCUUUACAUGCACAAAGUAGAAAAUCCAGAGGAAAUGGAUAAAUUUCUGGAAAUAUACAACCCUCCUAGAUUAAAUCAGGGAGAAAUAGAAACUUUGAACAGACCAGUAAUAAGUAGCAAGAUUGAAAGAAUAAUUUUUUAAAAGCCAACUAAGAAAACGUCCAGGACCAUUUAGAGUCAUAGCUGAAUUCUAUCAACAUUCAAAGAAAAGUUGUUAUCAAUCUUACUGAAACUAUUCCAAAAGAUAGAGAAAGAGGGAAUCCUCUUUAAAUCAUUCUAUGGAGCCAGUAUCACCCUAACACCAAAACCAGGAAAGAACAUAACAAAAAAAGAAAACUACAGAUCAAUAUCCCUCAUGAACAUGAAUACAAAAAUCCUCAACAAAGUACUAGCUAAAAGAAUCCAACAGCAUAUCAAACAGGUAAGCCACCAUGAUCAAGUGGGUUUCAUACCAGCAAUAAAGGAAUGUUUUAACAUAUGCAAGUCAGUAAAUGUGAUACAUCAUAUAAACAUAAUUAAAAACAAAAAUCACAUAAUCAUCUUAAUAGACACAGAAAAGGCACUUGACAAAAUCCAAGCAUCCCUUUAUGAUUAAAAUCCUCAGCAAAAUUAGCAUAAAAGGGAUAUACCUUGAGGUAUUAAAAGCCGUCUAUGGCAAAUCCACAGCCAACAUUAUACUGAAUGCGGAAAAGUUGAAAGCAUUCCCUCCGAGAACUGGAACAAGACAAGAAUGCCCACUUUAACAACUUCUAGGCAACAUAGUACUGAAAGUCCUAGCCAGAGCAAUCAGACAAGAGAAAAAAAUACAAGGUAUCCAAAUCAAUAAAGAGAAAGUAAAACUGUCACAGUUCAUCAAUGAUAUAAUCAUAUAUCCAGAAAACCCUAAAGAAUUACCCCAAAACCUCCUAGAUCUGAUAAAGAAUUUCAAUAAAGUUUCAGGAUACAAAAUCGACAUACACAAAUCAGUAGCACUGUUAUACAGCAAAAAUAACAGAUCUGGAGGCAUCACAUUACCUGAUUUCAACCCAUACUACAAGACUAUAGUCACCAAAAGAGCAUAAUAUGGAAAAUAUGCACAUAGACCAAUGAAACAGAAUAGAGAACCCAGAAAUAAAACCAAACACUUAUAAUUAACUGAUCUUCAACAAAGCAAACAAAAACAUAAAAUGGGGAAAGAAUACUCUAUUCAAUAAAUGGUUCUGGGAUAAUUGGCAAGCCACAUGUAGGAGAAUGAAACUGGAUUAUCUCUCACCUUAUGCAAAAAAAAAAAAAAAAAAACAAUUCAAGAUGGAUCAAAACCUUAAAUCUAAGACCUAAAAGCAUAAACAUUCUAGAAGAUACCAUUGAAAAAACUCUUCCAGACAUUGGCUUAGGCAAAGAGAUAUGACCAAGAACCCAAAAGCAUAUGCAAAAAAAAAAGAAAGAAAAAAAACGAAUAGAUGGGACCUAAUUAAACCAAAAGGCUUCUGCACAGCAAAAGAAAUAAUCAGCAGAGUAAACAGACAACCCAAAGAGUGAAGGACAAUAUUCUCAAACUAUACAUCCAACAAAGGACUAAUAUCCAGAAUCUACAAGGAACUAAAAUAAAUGAGCAAGAAACAAACAAAUAAUCCCAUCAAAAAGUGGGCAAAGGAGAUGAAUAGACAAUUCUCAAAAGAAAAUAUACAAAUGGCCAACAAUCAUAUUUUUUAAAUGCUCAACUCACUAACUACCAGGGAAAUGCAAAUUAAAACCACAAUGUGAUACCACUUUACUCCGGCAAA